AUGGCGUGCUACUCCGCCGUCCUUCAGCAUCCGCUCGGCUCCUCUCUCACCCCGUGCUCCGCCUCGCGAACCCCACCGCGCCUCCAGCGCGUGGGCGUGGCAACCCCCUCGGUCGCCUCCGCCCGCCCUGUUGCCCGCGUCAGGAUCUCCCCGCGCUGCGCCUACUCCGGCGGCGCCGGCGCCACUCCUGGGCCGGGGGAGCUACCCGCGGCGACGCUCCGUCGGGUCCUGGAGGCGCCGGGUGCGCACCAGGCGCCCGCCUGCUACGACGCGCUGAGCGCACGCCUCAUCGAGCGCGCGGGGUUCAGAGCCUGCUUCACGAGCGGUUUCUCAAUCUCUGCUGCACGACUUGGAUUACCAGAUGUUGGUCUCAUCUCGUACGGGGAAAUGAUUGAUCAGGGGCGUCUAAUCACUGAAGCAGUUUCAAUCCCUGUGAUUGGUGAUGCCGAUAAUGGUUACGGAAACUGUAUGAAUGUCAAGAGGACAGUGAAAGGAUUUAUUAAUGCUGGUUUUGCUGGAAUUAUUCUUGAAGAUCAGGUGUCACCAAAAGCAUGUGGACAUACACAAGGAAGGAAGGUUGUCUCAAGGGAGGAAGCAAUUAUGCACAUAAAAGCUGCUGUUGAUGCCAGGAAUGAGAGUGGCUCUGAUAUUGUUAUUGUGGCUAGGACAGAUUCUCGUCAAGCUUUGUCUCUUGAUGAAGCAUUAUGGAGAGUACAGGCCUUUGCUGAUGCUGGAGCAGAUGUUCUAUUCAUUGAUGCCCUUGCCUCAAGAGAAGAAAUGAAGGCAUUUUGUGCUAUCGCACCUGGAGUUCAAAAAAUGGCCAACAUGUUAGAAGGCGGUGGUAAAACUCCUAUACUGAGCCCUGUUGAACUGGAAGAAAUAGGUUAUAAAAUCAUAGCCUAUCCAUUAUCUCUAAUUGGCGUAUCGAUGCGUGCAAUGGAGGAUGCUCUAAUUGCUAUAAAGGGUGGUCGCAUACCUCCUCCAAGCAGCUUGCCAUCAUUUGAGGAGAUCAAGAAUACUCUUGGGUUCAACCACUAUUAUGAAGAAGAUAAACGAUAUGUGGUGACACCAGCCCAAUCAUUUUACGAGACUGGCUAUGAUAAUUAUACAAGUGAACCAAAAAAUCCAGGAGAUUCCAGGUCCAGGGCUGAAAAACCACAAGAACCUGUUAUUGACAUAUUGCCUCAGCUCUAUGAUAUUGGUUCCAGUGGCAGCAGAGGACCUUCAACUGGAAUGUGGUCUCGAACUCUUCGACUAAAGAUUACAGGAAGAGAUGGAGUCCUGAAAAUUGAUGCCAGGAUACCUGCUGGGUUCUUAGAAGGGAUGACAAAAAUUAUUCCAGGCUUGGCUGGAGCUAAUAUCAUGGAAAGGCUUCGGAAUGCGCCUAUUGAUACAGACAACCCCCAGAAUGGUCAGAUACUGCUUGAUUUUGAGGACGCCAUGGGAGAUAGGAUCCAGGUGUUCAUUGCAUGA